AUGUCCAACUUCACCACCAAUGUAGAAGUCCAAAAAGCCAGACUUCCCAUGGAUUUUGAUGGAACUCAGGAAAAAUUCAUAACAUGGUUCAGAACCAUCAACUUGUACAUCAAUGCCCAUCCCGACAUCUUCAAAGAAGACAAGGCCAAAAUCAAUUUGACCCUGAGUUACAUGACUGAGGGGCUUGCCGACAUUUGGGCAGAGCUAUACACAAUCACUCAUACAACCACCAAUGAUAAAAUUGAAUUUGGCACCUGGAAGGACUUUGUUGAAGAGCUUAAAAAAUUCUUUGACACAAAAAAAGCAAGAGAGGAAGCUCUGGCCUGUGUUACACAUGAAAAGGGACAGCUGGAAGCAUAUAUCUUGAGGUUCAAUAUGCUUGCCAUACAAGCUGGAUUCAAACUUGAGGGAGAAGAGAAAUUGGCAACCAGCAAACUGCUUGGAAUUUUUUUUGCCAGAAUGGAUGUCAGCUUGUGUUGUAAAAUCAUGACAAGGGUGAGCUGGGACAUCUCUACAUUGGCAGAAGCACAAGAUGCUGCUCGGAAAUUUGAUGCAGCUUGUCAGAAACAGCCUCUUGCUGAUUCUCCACUUUAUUAA